AGGUGCAGAAAGAAGUCCCGUGUCCAUAGUUUCAGCUUGAAGCAGCCUGUUGCUACAAGAUUAGCAUUUCAGAUGGCAGGGACAGCACGCCAUGACCGUGAGAUGGCAAUCCAAUCCAAGAAAAAGCUCUCCACAGCCACUGAUCCCAUCGAAAGACUGCGAUUACAAUGCCUGGCCAGGGGCUCUGCAGGCAUCAAAGGUCUUGGCAGAGUGUUUCAGAUCAUGGAUGACAAUAACAACCGAACCCUUGAUUUCAAAGAAUUUUUAAAAGGGUUAAAUGAUUAUGCCGUGGUCAUGGAGAAAGAAGAGGCAGAAGAACUUUUCCGGAGAUUUGAUAAAGAUGGAAAUGGGACCAUAGACUUCAACGAGUUCCUUCUCACAUUAAGGCCCCCAAUGUCCAGAGCCAGAAAGGAGGUAAUUAUGAAAGCUUUUAGAAAGUUAGACAAAACGGGAGAUGGUGUUAUAACCAUUGAAGAUCUUCGCGAAGUUUAUAAUGCUAAACACCAUCCAAAGUACCAAAAUGGGGAAUGGACGGAGGAACAAGUCUUCCGGAAAUUUCUGGACAACUUUGAUUCACCGUAUGACAAAGAUGGGUUGGUGACGCCUGAGGAGUUCAUGAACUAUUAUGCAGGCGUGAGUGCAUCCAUUGACACUGACGUGUACUUCAUCAUCAUGAUGACCACUGCCUGGAAACUCUAGAUGCCUGACCCUGGAGCCAGGUCACGGAGACAGCCAUCUGACUCUAAAUGAUCCAAACACACCUCAAAAACUCAGAAGGAUAUUUUAUUUCAUGUUCAUUGCACAUCUUCUUCCUUGCCAACAUAGUGUAUUUUUUUUAGGGCUGAUAUAAGGCCAGAAAUAAAGUCACAAAGUAAUUAACUGUAAA